AUGUAUCCUUUUAAGUUUGGGCCCUUCUGGCAGGAUUUGAAAAGUGGCUCUGGGACUUCCAAUAAAUAUCAGUUCCCAGACAGAGACCUUUUAGUCCUGACUGUUGACAUCAGAUAGGGUAACUUUCUAUAGCAAACUGCAAUUCCAAAAAUAUUUUCACUGCCUAAAGACUGUCAAGGAAAAAAAUACUUUGAAACUUCAAAUAUCAUUACCAAUCACCUUGCUAAUCCAAACUUUACAAAUAAUUACACAGAAACUGUGUCAGGCCAGAAAAAUUCAUUCCUCUUGAGCACAGGAAAAUUAAACACAAAUAACAAAUCUAUAAUUGCCGUUUUCAUUCCCACAGAAUAUUCAAACCCUGAAGUUAUCUUCAUGCCAGCCCCAAAGUAAGUCAUGGAAGUGGAAGAUGCAGACUUUGAAGACUCCUUAAAUAAGGAUGUAAACCACAGUGCAGAAAUUUUACAAACUGAACAUUCAUAGUGCAGACAAGACCUGAUAGAUAAGGAACAUCUUUGGCAAGUCUCUACCCUACAUUCAAAGGUCACUCUUGAGCUAUAAAAACAACAAUCUCUAACAAGACUGGAGACUUUAGAAACUUUUAUGAGCCAGCUACAACAGGAGAACUUGCUAUGUGAAGAGAAUGUCAAGACAAUAGAGAACCGUUUCAAAACAUUUGCAGUUAUGGUUUUGUAUAAGCUUUUUCCAAGUAAAUCAAAAUCAUAUAUGAAAUGA